AUGGAACAGGAGCUGUUUCGCGAAUCCACCGAGUCUCCAGAAGUCAUAUCAAACCAUCGCACCGAAAGAUCGCAGUCCUAUACUUCACCAGACUUAGCACCGAGCGUUGCCAGCUCUCGUAGAGGACAAAAUGAGAGUGAAGCUCUUAGCACGACGCAGGGAAUUACACCCACUGAUAGCCCUGGCGCCGAGACUGGAUAUUUGUCUCUCAGUGCAAUGGCGGAACUCUCUCGGGAAAAGCCUCUCUCAGGCUCAACCUUUUCGUUCUUCACCCUCAUGAACUCUGCGACCGGGGCUGCUCUGAGCAACUCAAGUCGCUCUUUACUAAGGCCUCUUAACGGGAUUCCUUGGGUCUCGCUGCUUCAAAAUAGAGAGAUGGCUACCUUUGACACAAAGCGGGCUUUUCAGGAAUUUUUAGACUUCGUCAGCCAUUCUCUGCCAUUCAUCUGCACGAUAGAUCUUGUCGCUCAGCACACGUCUUUCACUGAAGCCCAGGAGAAUGGCGAGAUCGAAUCUUUGGCAAGAGAACGACCGGAUAUAGUUGUUCUUAUCAGCAUGUCGAUAGCAAGUGGUGUCCUCAUGUCAAAGGACCGGCGGCACUUAGAGAGUUAUGCCAUGGCACUUGCACUAUCAGCCCACGACUCUUCUCAGCGACUUUUCGCCCAAUGUAACGAUCUCCAAAUUACGCAGUGUCUGACUGCGAUGGCCAUCUUCUCCCUAUAUAACCCCCUGGUUGGUUCGCCGUGGCAUCUAUUGGGCUUGGCGAUGACAAGGUGUGUGUCUGGUGGGAUGCACGACACUCGAGUGUCAGAUUUUGGAUCAGAUGACCCAGAGAAGAAGGGAAAGAGUCGAUCAUUUUGGUCUUUGUACUUUCUUGAUGUGCACCUUCAUCUUCUCACGUUAAAUGCGAAGAAGACAAGCUACAAUGCUGGAACACGUAUCAAGCAAAGCUUCUGCGACGCACAUCCCGAAGCCCUUCUGAAGGCAUAA